CUUCAUGUAUUGCCUUCCUUCCCGUAUGGAACUAAUCUUUGCGAGUUGCUGUUUCUGGAGGAGGAAUGUGGCGGAGAGCGGCUUCAGGGGCACGCGGUUUCUUGCUGGGCUGUCCAUGAGGAGAAGCAGACGGAGAUUUGGACUGGUCAUAGCUGAUAACUGGGGGAAAGGAUGGAUGAGAAGGACAAGAAACAACAUCGCAAGAGGCACAGUGGCCCGAAGGCUGGCAAGAAAAAGAAGCGUCAUUUGAAAGACCUUGGACUUGAAGAUGAGGAGGAUGCCCGGAAGAGAAACCCAAAGGCCUUUGCAGUCCAGUCUGCAGUCCGGAUGGCUAGAACGUUUCACAGGACUCAGGAUUUGAAGACUAAAAAGCAUCACAUUCCAGUGGUUGAUCGUACUCCUUUGGAUCCUCCACCUGUGGUAGUGGUUGUAGUUGGCCCUCCGAAAGUUGGGAAGAGCACGUUGAUACAGUGCCUUAUUAAGAAUUUCACAAGGCAGAAGUUGGUAGAAAUCCGGGGCCCUGUAACAAUUGUGUCAGGUAAAAAGCGUAGGCUAACGAUAAUUGAAUGUGGAUGUGAUAUCAAUACAAUGAUUGAUCUAGCUAAAGUUGCUGAUCUGGUGUUGAUGCUUAUUGAUGCCAGUUUUGGAUUUGAAAUGGAAACAUUUGAAUUCCUGAACAUUUGCCAAGUGCACGGCUUUCCCAAAAUCAUGGGUGUUCUUACACACUUGGAUACCUUCAAGAAUAACAAACAACUCAAAAAGACUAAAAAGAGAUUGAAGCAUAGAUUCUGGACUGAAGUAUACCAGGGUGCCAAACUGUUCUAUCUCUCUGGGAUGAUACAUGGAGAAUAUCAAAAGCAGGAAAUCCACAAUUUGGGGCGCUUUAUCUCUGUUAUGAAAUUUCGUCCCCUCACAUGGCAGACAUCUCAUCCGUAUGUUCUAGCAGACAGGAUGGAAGACUUGACAAAUCCUGAAGACGUCCGAGUUAAUCUGAAGUGUGACAGGAAGGUUUCACUCUAUGGUUACUUAAGAGGCGCCUACUUAAAAAACAAGAGCCAAAUACACAUGCCAGGUGUUGGGGAUUUCACUGUGAGUGACAUCAGUUUCCUGCCCGACCCAUGUGCACUUCCUGAGCACCAGAAGAAGCGGUCCUUAAAUGAGAAGGAGAAGCUGAUUUAUGCCCCAUUAUCAGGUGUUGGAGGAUUAGUGUAUGACAAAGAUGCUGUUUAUAUUGACCUUGGUGGAAGUCAUGCGUAUCAAGCUGAAGAGGAAGAAGUAAGACCAAACCAUGAACUAGUUCAGAGUCUCAUCUCCGCGCACUCUACCAUUGAUGCCAAGAUGGCUGCAAGCAAAGUGUCUCUCUUUAUGGAUUCCAAACCACUAGAGACAGAGGACGUUGAAAAUCAAGGCGUUUUUGCCAUGCCUAAAGAAGAAAAGAUAAUUGAUCCAUACAAUGGGAGGGUGCGACGAAAGGCAGUGUUUGAAGAUGAAGGUGGAGAGAGCGAGGAGGAGGAAGAUGAAGAAAUGUCUGUGGAUGAGGAAGGGGUUGGGAGUGAUGGCCAGGAGGAGGAAGAGGGGGAACAAAGCGAUAAAGUCUUUCCAGACCAGGAGCUUGUUUUGAGACCUUCCAAGCGGUUUAAAAAAGAAGCCGAACAUUCAACCCUCACAGAAAUGCCAGCAUUUGCUGACAGUGAUGACAGUCUUGAGAUGAGUUCAGGUGAGGAAGAAGAAGAAGAAACUGGUCUUGAUGGUAGCAUGCAAGAGACAGAUGGAAAUGGACAAGAACGUGGGGAGAGGAUUGCUGAUUCUGAAGCUGCACUCAGAAAUACAGAUUCCCUUAACAGGCCUGAACACUAUGAAACAGAGAAAAAAUACAAAGAUUUGAGAAAUAUUAGGAACCUUGGUAAAAUAGUGGCUCCCACUACAGAUUCUGGAAAUGGCACAGUUGAAGAAGCAUCAGCAUCUGAAUUGGACGAAUCCUUGUCUGAGGAGGAGGAGGAGGGAGGAGGAAAAUCAAUGAAAGAUUCUGAUACAGAAGAGUCUGAUGGGAAAGAUUCCCAAGCCCCGAGUGUUGGAAUUAAAAAACAUGAAUCAAAGUCUGUGAAAAAUGAUGAUGUUGAAAGUCUUUUGAAAGAGGAAGAAGAGUAUAAAGAAGCAUCUGACUUUUCUGCAGACACAGCUGGUGCACUUAAAUGGAAAGAAGGCCUUGCGCAAAAAGCAGCAGAAGCCUUCCUGAAGCAGCAGCAGUCGGCUCCCAAUCUCCGCAAACUUAUUUAUGGAACAGUGGCUGAGGAUGAGGGGGAAGACGAUGAAGCAAAUGAAGAACUUGGAGGGUUGUUUCAUGUCAGCCGUCCUGACAAAGAAUCAAAACGAAAAGCUGAUGCCCUCGACUGCUCCAAAUUCCCUGUGGAAGCCCCCAAAGACUGGGACUUAGAUGAGGUUAAGGACAGUAUCAGAGACUGUUUUGUCACUGGAAAUUGGGAAGCUGAUAAAGAUGCCGCAAAACUAUUGAAGGAAGAUGAAGAACUGUAUGGUGAUUUUGAAGACCUUGAGACAGGAACUGUGUACAAAGGCAAACGAACUGACCAAGAAGAUGAGGCAGCAAGUGAAGAAGAGGAUGAUGAAGUGAAAGACAACAAAGAUAAUGAGGAAGAAGAGGAAAAGAAGCAGCGCAUGGAUAAGAAACGUAAAUUGAAGGAAAUGUUUAAUGCUGAAUAUGAUGAUGGGGAUGCUACCUACUUUGAUGAUCUGAAAGGGGAGAUGCAGAAACAGGCUCAGCUUAACAGGGCUGAAUUUGAAGAUCAAGAUGAUGACACCAGAAUUCAGUAUGAGGGCUUCCGGCCUGGAAUGUAUGUCCGGAUUGAACUUGAGAAUGUCCCUUGUGAACUGGUACUGAAUUUUGACCCCCAUUACCCAAUUAUCCUGGGUGGCCUGGGAAACACUGAAGGAAAUGUGGGCUAUGUGCAGUUGCGUCUGAAGAAGCAUCGCUGGUAUAAGAAAAUCCUUAAGACCCGCGAUCCUUUAAUUUUGUCAUUGGGCUGGAGGAGAUUUCAGACCAUCCCAAUGUACUACAUUGAAGACCAUAAUGGCCGUCACAGGCUGCUUAAGUAUACACCUCAGCAUAUGCAUUGUGGGGCAACUUUCUGGGGUCCUAUUACACCACAAGGGACAGGAUGUCUGGCCAUCCAGUCAGUGAGUGGGACAACACCUGAUUUUCGGAUAGCUGCUACUGGAGUUGUGCUUGACUUAGAUAAGUCCAUAAGAGUUGUGAAGAAAUUAAAACUGACUGGUUUCCCAUUCAAAAUUUACAAGAAUACAGCAUUUGUCAAGGGAAUGUUUAACUCUGUACUGGAAGUGGCUAAGUUUGAAGGUGCAGCCAUUCGUACUGUGAGUGGUGUCCGAGGGCAGAUAAAAAAGGCACUGCGAACGCCAGAGGGGGCCUUCAGGGCAACAUUUGAAGAUAAAUUACUAAUGAGUGAUAUUGUCUUCAUGCGGACUUGGUACCCUGUGUCCACCCCAGCCUUCUAUAAUCCAGUAACGUCCUUGCUAAAGCCUGUUGGUGAAAAGGACUCCUGGGUAGGAAUGAAGACAACAGGCCAGCUGAGGCAUGAGAAGGGCAUCAGACUAAAACAAAACAAGGAUUCACUGUAUAAGCUCAUAAUGCGGGAGAAGAAGCAUUUCAAUAAACUGCAUAUUCCAAAAGCACUUCAGAAGGCCCUACCAUUUAAGAGCAAGCCCAAAAUGCAAGAAGGUAAAGGAAAAGUCACAAAGGAUAAGUGGAGACCGGCUGUUAUCAGAGAGCCUCACGAAAAGAAGAUUGCAGCACUGCUCACUGCUUUGAGUACAGUACACCGCUACAAGGUAAAGAAAGCCAAAGUGAAACACCGCCAGCAGCUUAAAGGCCACCUUAAAGUGAAGCAGAAAGAGGAGGAAGAGAAGCUUAAAAGACAGAAAGAAGCAAAGAAGAAACUCUUCCGCAUUAUUGGACAGAGGGAGAAGAAGAAGCAGAAGUCGAGCCUGAAGGGAUCUGCUGCAAGAGAGAAGUGAAUUUUGAGCACCUCUUCACAGACAGCAAGAAGACAUUUUCCUCCAGAGUAUUUAAUGAAGAGCAGGACUCCUGCUCCAAUAACAGCCUAGAUUCCAGUGAACUUGCCUGGGUGGAAACCAUGGAGAGAGGCAAAUGGGACAUUACUUGUCACUUGAAAACAUAGAUGACAGAUGUAAAUUAUGGUUUGUAGUGUUACCAAAGUAUGCUUGUCGAAAACUGCAGGCAUUGCACACUGCACAGUAUCUGAGCAUUCAUUAAAGUAUUGUAAUUUUUGAUUGUUUAA